UGUUCACUACUCGGCACCUGAUAUAUGUAUGAGGUCUGGAUGAGUUUAACAGAGUCAGUGAUGUGAUGUCAUUGGUCAGUGAAGGUGAGGUGAUGCUGCUGAACUCCACCAAUUUCUCUUAUUUUAUUCUGGCUGCUUAUUUUGACACCGGACUCUUCAAACACCUGAUCUUCCUGUUGAUUCUGUGUCUGUAUGUGUUGAUCAUUGUCUCCAACCUGCUGUUGAUUGUUGUCAUCUGUAUGAACAGGAGUCUACAUGAACCUAUGUACCUGUUCCUGUGCAGCCUGUUUGUGAAUGAACUGUAUGGAGCCACAGGUUUGUUUCCAUUUCUACUGACUCAGGUUCUCUCUGACAUUCACUCUGUUCCUCGCACGCUCUGUUUCCUGCAGAUCUACUGUGUUUAUUUCUAUUCUCUGAAUGAGCUUUUUAAUUUAACUGUCAUGUCCUACGACCGUUACCAUGCUAUAUGUUUCCCUCUGCAGUACAACACACACAUGAGCUUUAAGAAAGUGGCUACACUCACUGCUUCUGCCUGGUUCCCUGCUGUCUUUUUCACCUCUGUCAUGAUCGUCCUGAGUUCAUCUCUGCAGCUGUGUGGAAACAUCAUCAACAAAGUCUACUGUGACAACUACCACAUUGUCAGAUUGUCCUGUGGAGACAUAACGGCAAACAACAUCUAUGGUCUGUUUGCCACAACCCUAACAAUCUUGGUUCCUCUGAUCCUGAUCCUCUUCACCUAUGUGAGGAUUUUUAAAGUCUGUUUCUCUGGCAGUAAACAGACCAGACAGAAGGCUCUCAGCACCUGCUCUCCUCACCUGGCCUCACUCAUCAACUUCUCCUUUGGAGUUUGUUUUGAAGUGUUACAGAGCAGGUUUGACAUGAGCAACGUCCCUAAUAUUCUGAGAAUUGUUUUAUCUUUGUACUUCCUCACCUGUCAGCCACUGUUCAACCCUGUGAUGUACGGACUCAAACUGUCCAAAAUACGACAGCUGUGUAAACAUCUGUUGUUUCCGAAAAUGUAAAAUUUCUCUCGCUCGCCCACUCUCUCUCUGAUAGACAUACAUAAACAUUUGUGUGUGCAUAGAUAAAUAUACUGUAUGUAAU